GACCUACUCAAUUUCCCAAGUACGAUUCAGAAAAACCAGUCAGCUAAAAACAAAAAAAAAAUCUCAUAGCAAUGGCAAACCCUAGAGUUUUCUUCGAUAUGACCGUCGGCGGCCAGCCUGCCGGCCGGAUCGUGAUGGAGCUCUACGCCGACGUCGUUCCGAAGACCGCCGAGAAUUUCCGCGCACUCUGCACCGGAGAGAAAGGAGUCGGCAGAUCUGGCAAGCCACUCCACUACAAGGGCUCAUGCUUCCACCGCGUGAUCCCCAACUUCAUGUGCCAGGGAGGCGACUUCACCGCCGGAAACGGCACCGGAGGCGAGUCGAUCUACGGAGCCAAGUUCGCCGACGAGAACUUCGUGAAGAAGCACACCGGACCUGGAAUUCUGUCCAUGGCGAACGCCGGUCCCGGGACCAACGGAUCGCAGUUCUUCGUCUGCACCGCGAAGACCGAGUGGCUCGACGGCAAGCACGUGGUGUUCGGCCAGGUGGUGGAGGGCUACGAAGUCGUGAAGGCGAUCGAGAAGGUCGGAUCCGGCAGCGGAAGGACCUCCAAGCCGGUGGUGGUUGCUGACUGCGGUCAACUCUCUUAGAUCUGUUCUGUGAUGAUCUGUUUUGUUAUAGAUCUGAUGAUGAUGAUCUCUGGAUUUUAAUUUUACUGCUUUUUUUAGAUCUCGCCUCUUUCUCCUUGAAUUAUGUCUAGGGUUAUGAGAUUUCGUUUCGAGUGAGUCUUUUUUUUUUCCCCGUUGAAUUAGUGUUUUAAUUCGGAGUCUGCCGUAUUAAAUAAGAAUGGAUUUUCUUUCCUGAGUAUUA